UUCCUUCUCCGGUUGUUUUAUUUGGCGCCUUCGUUGUAAUCAUGUAAUCUAUAAAAAGGGUGAGUGCAGCGGUUCAGUGGUCGUCCGCAGCAAUUUCGAAACUAAUCUGACACAGCUAGCAGUGCUUUCCUUUACAUCACAGAUACACGGCAUUUCAGCAAAUCUGUUGCGAUAGUACGAAUUUCAGUUUCAGAGUCGUCCACGCAUUGCGCAUAAAGUGGGGCAGCUUGUAGGCGCAGUCGUGCAGGCGCAGUUCCUCAAACGACUCUUGCUGCCGAAACCUUCAACGAACCUAUAGCACGCAGAAAAAAAAAACAAGAAGCAUUUCGCAACCUUUUUGCCUGUAGAUGCUGGAAACUCGAUGAGGGCAGCGAAUUGGGAGAAAGAAGACGACGAAGCUGCUGCUAGCCUGUCUGAGUAGCUCUGCCUACAUUUAUCGUUAUUUUCAUUAUUUUCUGGUUAUAUUACUGGUCAGAACGGUUCAAGACGUCUGUCGACUCGAAAAGGUACCUUCCGUAUCGGAGACCGACGGGUGCUGCGCCACCUGCCGCCUCACAAGGUGCUAGAAGGACUCAAGCUGGCACCGACGAGCACCCCGCCAUGACCUCCCAAGAGCUGACACCGGGUCAGAAACGCCAGCUGGUUUGUACAAGCCAGCCUGGCUGCAAGCGACAAGACACUGGUGAAUCUGAAGACGAGUCAACUAUCAUCGAGGACGACAACGUGGCGAAGCCUUCAGACCUGGACAUGGACGAGGGUGGUUUCCGAAUUGUGCGCCAUCGUAAAAACAGGGUGGAGGGUAUUCCAGUGUUAAUCACCGCAGCAUCCGAAAGAGAUGAUUUAAGGCAAGUAAACCCUAUUGUCCUGUAUUCUGAGCUUGAAAGGAUUCUCGGUGGAGCACCAGUGAAGAGGCACUUCACAGCACAGGGAGCAUUGCUCUUAGAUUUAGAGACAGAAGGACAAGCCAACGUCCUUCUAGAGACCAAGAAUAUCGGCGGCAUAGUCAUAUCUGCCCGUGUUCCACACAGUUAUAGGAAAAACAAGUGCAUUGUUAAAGGAGUCCCUAAAUGGUACUCGGAUGAAAAGCUGGUCAUCUACCUGAGACCUCAGGGAGUAUUUCAUGCUAGAAGAAUCAUCCGUCGGGUCCAAACCUCGUCAUCUGAAUGGGAGUCAAGGCGCACUAACGCGGUGGUUCUCACAUUUGCUCCAAAUUCUGAACGCCGGGAGAAGGUCAACCUUGGUUUCACAAGACACGAGCUUGUCGACUACGUGGAGACACCACCACGCUUAAGUGUCAGCGCUUCGGACAUAUCGCUAAGUACUGUCGUGGGGAACAGAGGUGCAAGUGCUGUGGGGGACCUCAUGACUUUAAGACGUGUGACAGUAAAGACAACUUUGUAUGUGCAAAUUGCGGCGGUGACCAUCCUGCUAGCUACGGUCGAUGUCCUGCGCGGACAGCUGCUCAGCGAAGAAAUAAGUUGUUGGUUCUGGGUUCAAAGAGUGCAAGCGCACUAUCGAACACGAAGAAGACGUCCAGAGCGCCACAACUACCUGAUUUUGAGAGUACGCAUCUCAUUUCCCGCGUCUCACACCGAUAAACGAAGUUAGUGAGCCAACGCAAACGGUCACAGGCUCUGAGAAACCUGUUCGAAAAAAGUCCGAAAAACGCACCUAUGCGGCCGCAGUAAACCGACCUCAAGUACCACUUGGAAACAGCAGGAAAACUGUCAGCAUGUUAUACGCGCUUUGUUCACGGCACUACGUUCCCAACGUCGCGAAGAUGCCUGCUAGUUCAACGGAGGAUAUGCUGGAAGCAGUGCUGGCUCUUGAGUUGCAUGUAGUUCCAGAGCGCUUUCAACAGGCCACGAAUGCGACAACCACAGGAUUAUGGCCAACCUCACCGAAGUAUUCGCAUGCAACAGCGACUAAAUCUUCAACGCACGCGAUCGUGGACCGGUGACGUCUACUCCAGUGGAAUCCCGCGCAUGUCCAGCCACAGUCAACGCACUAUGGUUCACAGCUACUAUCACCGGCCUACAAAAGGCGGCAGACUGCAGUGUCCCUCUGGGGCGUGGAACCUGCAGUGCUAUGGCAAUGCCGCUCACGCAUGUUCUGCUUCUCGUGCAGGUUAGUGAAUGUAUACCAUGUAGAACAUUUGCAGUUCUUAUCGUGCCGGUUCCACCCCGUAUCCUGUAUAACUGUGUACGUAUGCAUUCCGACGCCAGAAACCGCCCAAGGCAUCGCAUUUUCUUGUUGCGUCGUUAUGCCUUUUAUUUCUUAUUAUUAAUACUGUGUGGUGAUAUUGAAAUGAAUCCCGGCCCUAACACUGAUGUGACACCACAGAAAAUUUUGGGUGGGCAAAAUGUCAUUGUUCGAAAGUUUAAUACUAUUGAGGCGAAUCAAGCGGAACAGAAGGCAGCUAUAAAUGAUUUGACUGCACGUGUGUCGUCAAUUGAAGUAAAAAUGUCAGUAUUACCAAACUUAGAAUCCGCCGUUACUGAGUGUAUCGCACACUAUGACGCACAGCACGGGGUGAUACAGCUGCUCCAAAAUAAGGUCGAUGAUCUUGAAAAUCGUAGUAGGCAGCACAACCUCGUGUUCUACGGCAUACCUGAUACAAAUAUUCGCGAAUCUUGGUCAUCAUCUGAAUUGCUUUUGAAGGAAGUAUGCGCAACAAAAUUGCAAGUUAACCCUGAGUCGAUCGAAAAAGCCCAUCGACUUGGAAAAUUUCGAGAAGGGAAAACGCGACCCUUGAUCGCAAGGUUUGGGUCUCUGAAAGAAAAACGUUUGAUUUUAGGAAAGGCCAAGAAUUUGAAAGAUACAGGUAUCAGUAUGUCGGAAGACUUUUCUGAGCCAGUGCGCAAGAGAAGGCGAAACCUGUGGCGAUUUGCUCAGGAA